GGUCUAUGUUUUUGUGAAAUAUCAAUAGGGAAAAUUUUUAAAACUUAAUUAUGACUUUGCGAGGUAUAAUUCAUGCUUAAUAGGUUGUGGCUUUUCACCUUUCACGUACAACCACACACACACACACACACACACUUUAUGGCUAUACCGAGAGAUACAUUUAGUUCGGUACACUGUUAAAGACCAUACGAGCAGCACAAGAUGAAGAGUGUUUUGCUAUUGAUGUUGACUGUCGCUCAUUACACUAGUGCGAGCAGUGCCGGCAGCGAACGUCAGUAUGAAACCACGCUGCUUGACCCGUACGUGGUGUUUGCUAUGACCGCAAUCAAUGACUACUUCUGUGAGAAGGGAGACGACAGUCCCAGGGCAGCACUAAGACUGGUUAAGGCUACCUGUCAGCUUGUGGCCGGAAAUUUGUAUCGAUUCAUUAUUGAGGUGAGCGGUGGGCAAACGAUUGACGAAUGUACUGUUAAAGUAUGGAGUAGACCAUGGCUACCCAAGCAAGAAGCCACAAAAACGACAGUACUAGAUUGUGUACCAAAAAUUUAAUGUGUCUCUUUUAUGAAAAAGUCUUGUAGGCCUAAGAUGUUUUGUUUAAAUUGUAAGAAACUGUUAUAUCAAAAUUA